AUGUUCAACGGUCAUCAUCAUCAUCAUCAUGGUCACCAUGGAAUGGGAAUGGGUGGACAAGGAAUGGGUGGCUUCGGUCAACAAGGAAUGGGAAUGGGUGGGUACGGUCAACAAGGAAUGGGAAUGGGUGGUUACGGUCAACAAGGAAUGGGAAUGGGUGGCUUCGGCGGACAACAAAUGGGUGGCUUCGGCCAACCAGGAAUGGGAAUGGGUGGUUUCGGUGGACAACAAAUGGGUGGAAUGGGUGGCUUCGGCGGACAAGGAAUGGGCGGUUACUAUUAA